CUCAACAUGAAGUAUCUUUUGUUGCUAGCAGGCCUUGCUUUUGCAAGCGCCUUCCAAGGUCUGACCUACGAGACAUCCAAGAAGUAUGUAUACGAGUACGAAGGAUACGUUCUCAGUGGUGUUCCACAGAGUAGUAACCUAUAUUCUGGUAUCAGAAUCACAGCCAAACCGGAAAUAAGCAUAGUUGAGCGUGGCCGUGCCGUAUUGAAGGUACAAUACCCCAAGUUAUACACUUUUAAUGGCACACGUCCAGGAUCCGAUUUCGUUGAAGCUCCUGAAAUGACGUCAGCUUUAGCUCCGCUUUUAAGUGAACCUGUGAUGUUCGAAUACGUACAUGGAAAGGUCGGCAGGAUAUUUGCUCCAGCGGACCUGCCAGAUGUUGUGGUCAAUAUCCACCGUGGUAUUAUCAAUAUUCUACACAUCAACAUGACUUCUAGCGAAGGUUUUUUUGUCAACAAAGAAAUUGACAUUGGAGGUAUAUGUGAAACAGCGUACAGUGUUGUUGAUUUGAAGGACGUAACCACUAUCGUGAAGACCAAGGACUACGAAAAAUGUAUUGUUCGCCCCGCAUAUUACUGGAACUUUACCCGUUCAAUGCAAUAUGUAUUGGAAAGACAGGCUCCACCCCUAAGAUCUGCUGCCACGUUCCGUUACAAUCUCACCGAGGCUGGAAGUGGUUACAUCAUAAAGGAUGCUCAUAGUGAGGGACAACACAUUUUCACUCCUUUCUCCGAAUAUGGUGGCAGUGCGCAAUCAAUUAUCAAACAAAAACUUCGCUUUGUCGACAAAAUGGCAGGAGAUGCAAGAGCACCCAGUGAUUUACCCGAUCGUGGCAAUCUUAUGUAUGCAUACCCAAGGGAACGUGCUUCUCACUAUGCAUCUCGACCCGUCAAAACCGAAGAGAUUGGCAGAAUUUUAGAAAGUUUGUCUAAUGAGAUGAGCUUCGAGAAAAUAUCUGUCGAAGCCCCUGGAUAUUGGAUUAUCCUGGUACAACACCUUCGUCAAUGCAGUGUCGAGGCUAUUAGAGAAAUCUGGACCAACUAUGCAAGCAAACCACAUUACAAAAAAUUCCUUAUUGAUAUACUGCCAAUAGUCGGAACCGAAGACGCCAUUACUGCACUGACAAACAUAGUAAAAGCAGAGCCUGCCAUUGUCAAGGAAUAUACUGCCUACAUUUUCACUGGACUUGCAUUCACCCCAGAACCGACACCCGCUAUCAUGGAGAAAAUACAGGCCUUGAUUAACGACCCGAUUGUUAAUGAAUACGCGCCAGCAAGACGUGCAGCUCUUCUUGCAUAUGGUGGUAUUGUCAACAAUCUAUGUUACUACAGAAGAUGCCCAACAGCAGUAGUGGAUUUCCUGACCAGUAAAUAUGAAAGUGCCCGUGACGACGCUGAAAGAGAAGUGAUUUUGAAAUCGAUGGGAAAUGCCGGUGUUAUUGAGGUUGUACCAUACAUCAGAAAAUUGUUCAAGCGCCCAGAAACACUUCCACUUAAAAUACAAGUUGCUGCCAUCCAGGCCCUCAGAAGGAUCGCUCCUCGACACCCAGUCCAAACCAGUUCAAUCCUCAUGCCAAUCUUCCUCGACACACGAUAUGCCACAGAAACCCGUCUUGUCGCUUGUACCGUCCUAUUUUUAACAAGGCCUACCACUGCCACAGUAGUGACGAUCGCUGAACAGCUGAUAGUUGAACCAAACAACCAGGUUGCAUCCUUCGUAUACAGCCAUAUCAGAAAUCUCGCCAAUAACACUGUGCCAAUGAUGAGACCAGUUGCCCGUGCUGCUGCCACUGCUCUUCGGUUCGCUCGUAUCCGAAGUGGUUUGGGAUACCGAUAUGCCAAUAGCAUGCAUGCUUCAUACUACGAAGAUAAGUUGAACAUCGGAGGUUUCGUUGACGUGCAUGUCUUGAAGACUCCUCAUAGCUUCAUGCCAAAACAGUUGUACACCAAAAUAAAUCUACAAUUGAUGGGACUAUCUAUCGACGUUAUGGAGGUUGGCGUGCGUGCUGAGGGCAUUCAGAAUCUCAUCGAACGUAUUACCGAACCACAAAGCAUGUUCAGGAAGAAGAAAACUCUAUCCGAAAUGUUGAUUCGUCAACCACGUAGUUCAGAAGAUGUUGAGCAAACAGAACAGACUGUCAAGAAGUUGUACCGAUACAAGCCGGUCAAGGAGUCCGAUACCGAGUUUGGAAUGACUAUGUUCAUCAGGAUGUUUGGAAAUGAACUGUACCUCUUCAACGUUGACAGAGACUAUAUUCGCGAUGUUGUCCAACACGGAAGUAUUGGAAUUGAUAUAAAUAAUAUUGAAAGAAGAUUGAGCGAUGGUCUAUCUUACAAAUGGUUAAAGUCAAUGCCAAUUUACGACUCUAUCAGUUCUGUACCAACCAUAUUGGGUCUUCCAUUGAAUCUUAACGUCACUUCUGCAUGGAUCAGUACCCUGCAAGUCUCAACCUCAGCUAGGGCCGUACGUGACUCAACAGUUCUUGAACCGAAGAGAGAUCAUUUUGUAAGCAGAGACCCAUCAAAUGAUUGGUUUAGCAGCAGCAGCAGCAGCAGCGAAUCCAACUCCCCUUCAAGGUCAUCAGAAGAAAUACCAAAUAGUCAACGCUGGAGCAGUGAGUCAGAAUCCAUCUCAGCUGAAAACAGUGAUUCGUGGAGCAGAAGUGAGUCCAGAUCUCGUUCAACUGAACAACGUGACCCAAUUACAGGAGUUCGUGCUGUCGGACAAAUGAUCAAAAAUGAUGCCAUACACGUGCAUGUACGCAUGGGUGUAGAUGCAAUUGUUGUACAGACUGGUAUUGGCAUAGCGGUGAAGACACGAAACUCUUUCCCACUCAUCGGAGAAGUCAACUGUGAUGUCAGUCAACGCAAAUACACUUUCGACAUGAAACCUGUUGAACGAGUACACGAAAAUGUACAACUAACAUCUGACAUAUUCACGUUCAUGAAACGCCCGAGUGAACUCUAUGGACAAUACAGUAUCCUUACUCCACAGGUUCCAGCUGUCCUCAAUGCCAGAUCUCCCGUGGUCCUGGAUGAAGAGUGUUGCGAUUGGCUCAAAAAAUGGGACAUUAAGGCUUGUUACAAUAAGUUGGCUGCAAGCCGCUCUAGCAGAUUAGAACCGGUGGAAGAGACAAAAAUAUGCAUUCCUGCUUUGAAGAAAGUACUUGGUAUUGAAUAUUGCUUACUAAUCCAUAACGCACAGAGACGUGGUACUGCCGCCGUUCCAUUCUAUCCGCUCCAAGGCUCUAUGAAGUUCGCAACCUACUUAAUUGCAGGUGAGAAUAGUCCAGCGAGCAUACAGCUAGCUGUCAGCAAUAUAAAACCCAUUCCGAUGACUCCAGAAUCUCUAAUUCGAGGCCAAAUCCAAUCUGAAAUCAAACUCCAAGCAAUCGACAGCCAAAGCGCACCCAUUUCCGGUCUUGCUAUCGAUGUGAUGUAUGAUGGGGCUGCCAGCGAGAGGAAGCUUGAGAUUAAAGGCAAGAUAAUCAACAGAGAGGAUCUUAGGAUGCGUGUUUUGAUUAAAUCAGCGGAUCCUUUAUCAUCCGGCGAAUGGACCGUUGACCUUGGUGACCAUGCAAUCAACAACAUCUGGGAGAUUAAACGCGAUCCUGCCCAGGCUAUUGUCAUGAAAACCACGUAUGAUACACUCCCAGAGAUAAUUUCGGUUACUAUCGAAAGACUAUCCGGAAUGGCUCUGACUUACCUUUACUACACUAAUACCGUCGACGUCAAAUACGUAGAAAACACACCCAGGACAAUUGAAUCGAGGGUCACCUUCAGAACACCAUACAUUGCUGAUGUUGAGAUUCGUUGUCCAGCAUAUUCAAUUCGUAGAAGGGGUAUUCCCAUGAAAAUACCUGUUCCGGUCCUCCCUGCUCCUGGUACCCCGGUAAAGACAGUAGUUGCAGAUACAACUACAUUUUUCCUGAAAGAGCUAGACAUGCCAUUGGCUACCUGCCAAGUCGUUGGAGAUCAUUACAGUACAUACGACAACGUGACAUACGAUUACGCAUUGCCUGGAGAAUGCCACCAUGUACUUACUAUGGAUGGAGCCAAAGAGACAUUCAUGGUCUUGAUAAACCGUAAAAAGAACCAGCCCCAAAAGAUAAUCACUGCUUUCAUUCAAAACAAGAAAAUUGAAUUGAUGCCUAAUAUGGCGGUGAAGGUACAGGACAAGGCGAUCAAAUUUGAUAAAGCGAAUAUGUACACCAUCCCCGACAUCCUUGAAAUCCAGAAGUAUGCAGACAAAAUGGUUUUGACAGCUAAAAUCGGUCUCACGAUUACUUACACAGGUGAAACCGUGAUGGCCACUGUGAUGCCAACAUACCACGGCAAGACAGUUGGUUUGUGUAGCAAUGACGAUGAUGAACAGAGUGGCGAGUUUAUGCUUCCAGACCACACGGUUGUCAACGAUCCUAAACUAUUUGCCCAUGGAUGGAUUGUCAGAGGAGAGAAAUGCACUGAUGCUUGCCAGCUGAGUUCACAGUACGCAAUCCGCAACGAAUAUCUUGGCGGAGAAGAGAGAAAAUGUUUCAGCACUGUCCCAGUUACUAAAUGUCUACGUGGAUGCGUCAGCGUCGAACAGGUUCCUGUAGACGUCGGAUUCCACUGCAUGCCAAAAGGUUUGACGUCAACUAUUCACCUUGAGGAAGACAUCAAAUCCGACAGAUUGGAAAGUAUCAAUCUAUCUACAAAAACCAUAGAUACGGUGAAGUCAACACUAGUCGAUGUUUCCUGUGACUGUGAUCGCUGUAUAAACCUGUCCCCAUACUCACCAUACUAGACACUGGAAAUUGGAGAAACGCAUUUACAAAUUUACAAAUCGGUUUUUGUCGUUUAAGCGCAAAAUUUACACAGACUUUUUGGUGUUGGUUGAAAAUAUUCACGAAUAUCUGGUAUUACAAAGCAUGGUAUACAUUGGAGCCAGAUAACUUUAUAAAAUGAACAGCUCAAUAGAAAGUAGAACUUUUUGUUCUGUAGUUAUUUGUCGUUUUCCUUGAUAAUUAAAAGUAUAUGGAUAGCAACUGAAA